GAUUUUUUGUAUGAACAAAUUUCGAGUAAAACUCAAUUUUUUUCCAGACCCGUGCGAUGCUCAGCUUGAACCAGGAAGUUGGAGCAUGGGAUACUGUUCUAUUAGAUCCCCUUACGGAAGAUAGUUUUAUUGGAAACUUGCAGCAACGGUUUAAAAGGGAUCACAUUUAUACUUAUAUUGGAAAUGUGUUGGUUUCGAUAAAUCCCUACAGGAAAUUGGCUCUUUAUUCUGCCGAUUUGGUUGAGAGUUAUGUGAAAAAGCCUCCUUUUCAAUUACCACCCCAUAUAUAUGGUGUUGCGGAAUCAGCUUACAGAUGGUUAAACGACAAAAGCGAAAACCAAUGUAUCAUUGUAACAGGUGAAAGUGGUGCCGGGAAAACCGAAGCGGCCAGAAUAGUUCUGCAAUUUUUGGUUCUCGUCUCCGGUGAAUCCCCCGAAGUAAAGACAAUAAACGACCGUUUGCUGCAAGCCAAUACCCUCCUGGAAGCUUUCGGGAAUGCUAAAACUAUGAAAAAUGAUAACGCUUCAAGAUUUGGCAAAUUUUUGGAUAUAGAAUUUGAUUUUAGAGGCGAUCCUAUUGGGGGUCACUUGACCAACUAUUUUUUGGAUAAGGCAAGAGUAACUAAUUUGGGUUUACACGACAGAAAUUUUCACAUAUUCUAUCAACUAUUAAGUGGGGCCGAUAUACAUUUACUGAAGUGCUUAAAACUUCAACGUAACGCAGAACAAUACGCCAUACUUCAAACCGAAUCGAAUCAUCCGACGGUGACUGAAGACGACGACAAAAAACUAUUCGUAUACACCAAAGGGGCCCUAGAAAUACUGGGUUUCUCGCCUAGCGAUAUUGUUGAUAUUUUUAGAGUUUUAGCUGUUAUUUUGAAAUUAGGUAAUUUACAAUUCGUGCCUUGUAAUAAUAUUGACGGUACUGACGGGUGUACUAUUAGUAACGAUUAUGAAUUAUUUGAAGUUUGUGAGUUGCUUUUGGCCGAUAAUAGAUGGAUUCAAAGAAUUCUGAUCAGUAAGCAAAUUGAAGAUGGAGUUUUGACGGAUUUAAGUGCAAUAGAAGCUACAAAAGUUAAAGAUACUUUAUGUAGGACUUUGUAUAGUAGACUAUUUACUUGGUUAAUAAAUAGGAUAAAUGAUUCCAUUAAAUCAAAAUCAUUAGGCAAAAGAAAAUUUCUAGGUGUACUAGACUUGUACGGUUUUGAAUGUUUUAAUACAAACAGCUUCGAGCAAUUGAUUAUAAACUAUUGCAAUGAAAAAUUGCACCAGUUUAUGAUUAAUAUUUGCGUCAAAGAGGAACAAGAAGGAAUGAUCAAGGAGGGGUUGGAGUGGACCAAAAUCGAAUAUUUUAAUAAUUUAGCAAUAUGUCAAUUGUUAGAACACGAAAAUCAUGGAAUAUUAUCUUUAUUAGAAGAGCCUCAUAUACAAACGGACGACGAAUAUUUUACUAGAUUGGAACAAUGUUGUUCGGGGCAUACGCAUUGUUUAAUUGAUGAAGUGAACACACCUAAUUGUUUUCAGAUAAGACACUUUGCUGGUACUGUAACAUACAAAAUCAAAACGUUCAUUGAAAAGAAUCGGGAUAAAUUGCCCAAAGAACAUUCCAGGACGAUGUUUAAGUGCGAAUUAAAAAUUAUGCAAGAGCUGUUUCCGGAGGGGAAUCCCAGAAGGUGUAGUGUAAAAAGGCCUGUGAGUAAAGCAAGUCAAAUACAAGUUUCAUUGAAUGCCUUAUUGAAGAACUUAGGGAAUAGACAAAAUCAUUACAUUAGAUGCAUAAAACCAAACGAAACAAAACAACCCAAACUCUUCGAAAUGCCUCUGGUUCAACAUCAAGUCAGAUACAUGUGCCUACUAUCAACAGUCCAAAUUUGGCGUUCAGGCUACUGUCAAAAAAUGCCUUUCCUCCAAUUCCUGUGCCGCUACAAAAUGAUUUGUCCUCAUACGUGGCCCAAAUGGCGAGGCUCGCCCAUAGAAGGCGUCUCGGUUUUAAUCAGAGGUUUACCGAUACCCAGUGCCGAAUUCACUUUCGGCCGCACCAAAUUGUUCAUCAGGAGUCCGAGAACUGUGUUCGAACUAGAAGAUUUCCGCAAGAAACGUUUGCACGAUUUGGCCUUGCUGAUACAAAAAAUAUGGAGAGGGUACAGUCGGAAAAAGGAAUAUCAGAAGCUGAAACACAGUCAGAUGAUUAUCGCUUCGGCUUGGCGUAGCUGGAGGGAAUUAAAACAUGGAAUUACUUUCCCGGGACGCGGGCAUUUGUGGUGUUUGUAUCACGUGGCGAGAAAAGAAUAUCGAAUCGUAAAACACCGAAAACAAGUCGAAUGGGCCACCAGAGUUAUACAAAGACAUUAUAUUCAGUGGAAAAGACGACAGUACCUUUUGGAAUUGUUAAAAAAACUGCCGGCUGACAGCGACUCACCCCUGUGCCGUGACUGGUCCAAUUGUAUGCCUAGGUUGUCUGAAACUAGCAAUUUACUUAAAAAAAUACACCACAGGUGGCGGUGCCAUAAAUAUAGGUCAACAUUUGACCAGACUGCGAGGAACAGGAUGAGGGAAAAAGUUACUGCCAGUUUUAUUUUUAAAGAUAGAAAGUGUUCAUAUCCCAGAAGCGUUUCACACCCGUUUUUGGGCGAUUACGUGCGCCUGAGACAAAAUGUCCAAUGGAAAAAGAUGAGCUUAGAAAAUAACGACCAAUACGUAGUUUUUGCUGAUAUUAUUAAUAAAAUUGCUAGGUCUAGUGGAAAAUUUGUUCCUAUUUUAUUAGUGAUAUCGACCAGAUCCAUGCUAAUUUUGGACCAAAGAACAUUGCAAAUAAAAUACCGAGUACCUGCAACUGAGAUAUAUCGAAUGUCUUUGUCUCCUUUUUUAGAUGAUGUGGCGGUAGUCCAUGUUAGAGCGUCGUCAGUAGUGAACCCAGAAACAUCUAGUGUGACCUCUGACACUCCGGGCUGCCUAUUUCAGAGCGACCUGAGCAAAAAAAAGGGCGAUUUCGUUUUCCAAACUGGCCACGUCAUAGAAAUCGUCACCAAACUGUUUUUGGUCGUUCAAAAUGCCACCGGGAAACCGCCCGAAGUUAACAUUACGACCGAGUUUGAAGCUAAUUUUGGUUCACAAACGGUGACGUUUACGUUCAAAUGCGGUCUUCCGGAGGUUCAACCGGGACAAAUUAGGGUGUUGAGGAAAGCGAACAAGAUGGAGGUCCUAGUCUGACAUGCAAAGUCCAAGAAACAUAUCGCGGGAACCAGCAACUUAGUCACUGCCAUUCAGAUGAUGAUGAUUAUUGUAGUUUAUAAUUUGGAAUGCAAUGAAGAGUGACUGUUUUUGAUUCGGAAUUGACUAUUCAACAAGAGCCUGGAAUAAAAAAUGCAUUUUAUCUUACUUUUGUAUUUUUGUCAAUUCCAAGUAUGUGCUUAUCGAGUGAGUGCCCCUUACUUUUAUAAACUGAAACAUUGUAGAAUUUGGUUAUACUUUUUUUUUGCACAAUUUUUGGUUUUGUUUAUUUAUUUUUUGAUAGCCUUAGUUAAUUGUUUCUUCAAUGCAAAUUUCCUUGUAAAGAAAUGAUGGAGCCAAUAACUGACACAGAACCAACCAGGUUGUUCUACUUAUUAAGCCUCUAUCAUUUUUUCAAAUAAAAUACACUUGCAAAUAAGUGCCAAUAGGAAUGGACUAAUAUUUAAAAUAAGAGAAUUAUCAAAAAAAAAAGAUAUAUUGUUAAACUAUUAGAUUUAUUUUCAAUGGGACAAGUUUGGGUAUGUUUGAUUUUAAUAAAUUAAAGAUAAAUCGCUCAAAAUCUUAAUUAAUAUUAUUGUCAUUUUUAAUUAUUCUUGGUCGAAAUUCUACAAAAAAUAUGUACCUACCAUUCUUGUUCCUGGAUAAUUACAUUAAAAACAGAAUUCUAGCAUAAUUACCUGAUGGUUGUUUUUGUAUAGACCAAAUAUAGGCUAUAUUAAAUAAUUUUCACUUUAUUAACAUAAGAAGAUAAAUUGUUGACCAAUAAAUAAAAUAAUUAUUGAUUUUUAUACAAUUUUCAUAUUCUAGCAACUAUCGGGUGGCCAGAUUGUAAUAAUGCUUGUUAUUUUUUGUGUAAGUAAGAAGAUUACUAGGUAAUUAAUUUAACCGUAAACCGAAAGAUUUAGUUAAUAAUUUUAUCUGAAAUAUUAUAGCAAUAAGUAAAAAAAAAAUAAUAAUAUUAAAAAUAAUGUUAUAUUUUUAAA